AUGCUUUCAUCCACCGUGCGUGCCUUUAGGGCCCAAUCUACAAAGUUACAGUCCAUCAGGAAGUAUGCUGUUUCACCCUCUGCUCAGGCCUUAGUUUCCAAAUCUGUUCAAGAAGUUGAUCCUGAAAUGGCAGAUAUUUUGAACCAGGAGAGAGUUAGGCAGAAGAAUUCUAUUACCUUGAUCCCUUCUGAGAAUUUCACAUCGAAAGCGGUUAUGGAAUUGUUAGGUUCUGAAAUGCAAAACAAGUAUUCCGAAGGAUACCCCGGGGAAAGGUACUAUGGAGGUAACGAGAUUAUUGAUAAGGCUGAAUCCUUAUGCCAAAAGAGGGCAUUGGAAGCAUUUGGGUUGAACCCGGAUGAAUGGGGUGUUAAUGUACAGCCAUUGUCUGGAGCUCCUGCCAACUUGUAUGCGUAUUCUGCCAUUUUGGAAGUUGGUGAUCGAAUCAUGGGUUUGGACUUGCCUCAUGGAGGUCACUUGUCACACGGAUAUCAAACAAAUACAACAAAGAUUUCGUUUGUUUCUAAAUACUUCCAAACCAUGCCUUACAGAUUAAACGAGGAAACAGGUGUGAUUGACUAUGACACGUUGGAGAAAAAUGCUCAAUUGUUUAGACCCAAGGUGAUUGUUGCUGGUGCUUCGGCAUACUCAAGAGUUAUUGACUACCAGAGAAUGAGGCAAAUUGCAGAUAAAGUGGGUGCUUAUGUAUUGUCUGAUAUGGCUCAUAUUUCAGGAUUGGUUUCAGCUGGUGUGACUGCUUCACCAUUUCCCUUUUCAGAUAUUGUUACAACUACUACGCACAAGUCAUUAAGAGGUCCAAGAGGAUCAAUGAUUUUCUUUAAAAAGGGUAUUAGAAAAGUGACCAAAAAGGGAAAGCAGAUCCCAUACGAUUUAGAGAGAAGAAUCAAUUUUUCAGUUUUCCCUGGUCAUCAAGGUGGUCCUCAUAAUCACACUAUUUCUGCUUUAGCCGUUGCUUUGAAACAGUGUGCCGAACCAGAGUACAAGAAGUAUCAAGAAGAAGUUGUUGCCAAUGCGAAACAUUUUGCUGAUGCCUUGGUAAACAAGGGGUUCAAAUUAGUAUCUGGAGGCACCGAUACGCAUUUGAUCUUGGUUGACUUGAGAUCAAAAAAUAUCGACGGUGCUCGUGUUGAAGCCGUUUUGGAAAGAGCCAAUAUUGCUGCCAACAAAAACACCAUCCCUGGUGAUACAAGCGCUCUUUUCCCUUCGGGAUUGAGAGUUGGUACUCCGGCAAUGACAACAAGAGGGUUUGGAUUCGAAGAAUUCACAAAAGUAGCCGAUCUCAUCGACGAAGCCGUGGCUAUAUCUAUCGAGCUAAAGAAACAAGAAGAAGGUAAAGUCCCUAAAGAGUUACUUGCAUCUUUCAAAAAGUUGGCUGAUAAUAGCUCAAAGGUUAAGGAUUUAGGUAAAAGAGUUGCUGAAUGGACCAACAAUUACCCAGUUCCAGGAGAAUAA